AUGCUUAAGCUUAAGAAGACUAGUAAUUCGAGACGGCGGAGAGAAGAGGCAAAGCUUUCAUCUAUGUCCCUGGCUGAACUUCUUAGCUAUGAUCAUGAACGGCGCGAAAAAAAGGCUAGGAAGAAAAGAAACUGCCUUUAUUGGUCUGAGCUUCCUCCGGAUCUGAUCCACUCUGUUCUCCAACGACUCAGCCUCCGCGAUUUACAACGAGCUAAAUCCAUAUGUUCGGCUUGGCUCUCUGCUUCGAGAAGUUGCCUUCCAAAAUCCCAAGACCCAUGGUUAAUUAUAUUCCCUAAUAAUAAUGAAGACGACAUGAACAUGAAUCGCUGUAAGUUGUUCAAUCCCGAGGAAAAAGACAAGCUGUACAGCAUAAGCCAGGAUCUGGGUGUGGGUGGUGUGUGUGUUGCCACGUAUGGAUGCUGGCUCCUCAUGCGAAACCCUCUCUUUAAUCUCUACAUUGUUAACCUUUUAACCGGCCAGAGGAUCGAUCUACCGCCCGUGGAGUCACAACGUGGUAAGACAAAACUCGAGCGGAUCGUAGAUGAUAGGUUCCACGCUACACAGCUGUCUGGAUCAUCUGAUCAAUAUUACGAAGCUGAUUCUAUAGGCUUGGAAAUCAAUUCCCCUGGACUAUGGAUAGACGAGGAAGCAAGAGACUAUCUAGUUAUCUUCUCUUUCAAGAUACCUAGGUGGCCCUUUGACACACAAUGUGCCGUGAUCUGCAAGAAAGGAGAUCACUCGUGGAGAGAGUUUCCCGACAGCUCUCCCUGUUCUGACAUGGUAUACAAGCAUCAUAAGCUUUACGUCUAUCGCUAUGGUGCUAUCCAAAUCUUUGAUAUCUCUGGAGACGGCCUAAUUCCCCUAAAAGCUCCCGAGACUGAUGCUGUCUAUGUUGCUCCAUUCUCCUUUGACGAUUUUCAUCAUGAGUCUUGCCUAGGACUUUGUUAUUUUGAGAAGACUAGCAUUGUCGUCACAGUAAGUGGACAUGUCCUGAUGGUCGUGAGCGUAGUGACACUCUUCGAAACCUGGUCAUUCCGCAUCUACAAGAUGUGUUCAUGUACGAAAAAGUGGAAGAGGCUUCUUUAUUUGGAUGGCGAGGCAAUUCUUUUGGAUCUGGGUGUCACCGUGCCUGCCAAAGACUUUGAGGGAAUCAAUGACAAUUCCAUCUAUUUUAGUGGCCUUGGAAUCAAUGACAAUUCCAUCUAUUUUAGUGGCCUUGGUCAGGAUGACAAGGAGGAUGAUAUUUUUAUCUUUAAUCUCAAGGGAGAGACGAUGAAACGACCGCACCAGUCUGUUUCUUCGCCGCUGCUAUGCUCUUGUGCGCGAUGGUUCUUGCCAGGUUUCAGCUACAAGUAUUGA